AUGGGAAUCUACAUCAUCCUUCUGCUUUGUGUGAUUGGACCAGUCCUGAAUGUACCUUUACCUCCAAAUUUACAGGUAAGAUAGCGAAACGAUAAAGUAAGGAACAUUUUGUGAGUUAAUCAUUUAGAUUGCUGACACUAAUUUCAUGAUUGGACGCAAACAUUCCAACUUCAUUUAUUGGGGAUAUUCCUACCCUUGUAAUAAAGUGAUGUGAUACGGUAAAACAUGCUGAGAUUUAUUUUAAUUGAAAGUUCACAAACUCUGUUUCUUUAUUUAACAGAUUAUGUUUCCUAAUCUUAAAACGCUUGGUAAGUUAUCUGAUUUAUAGCUUUAUAAUUCAUAUAUUAAUCUGUCUGUCGUGAUGGAUCCGGGGUGAGCAACAGGGCAUACACACACUGACCCCUCUACACACAGUGCUCUCACUGCCCCCCAUACACACACUACACCCCAUACAUACACUGCUCCUCUCACACACGCACUGCCUCCCGUACACACACACUGCAACCCUCACACACUGCCUCCCAUACACACACACACACACACACACACUGCAACCCUCACACACACUGCCUCCCGUACACACACACACACUACAACCCUCACACACACUGCCUCCCGUACACACACAGCAGCCCUCAUACACACUGCCACCCUUCCACACCCUGCACCCAUCACACAUACACCCUGCCCACUCACACAACGCACCCCUCACAUGCAUACACACACACAUACUAUAGGCCCUAUCCCCUACUACAGCCCUUACCCCAUUGCCCCAGAUAAAUUGUUCAAACUGUUCUUAAACAGUUUGGCUGCUUACUCUGGGAGGGCGCCACUGCACUCAUGGCAUAAAAACCACUACAGAGACCUGUAGUGGUUAUUGUGCCUGGAUUGUUUCUUCAAAUAAUCUAUGAGUGCCCUUCCCGAAAUUAGGCUCUGGAUCCACCCCUGUCUAUCUGUCUGCCUAUCGUCUGUCUGUCUGUCUAUCUGUCUAUCUACCCAUCUAUCUUAAAUCUAUUUAUCUGUUCAUCCCUACAUCCAUCUAUCUGUCAGUCCUUCUAUCAUUGCAUUUAUUUUACAUCCAUAUUUAAAUUAUACAUCAGAUUAUUUUUUCUCCAGUUUAGUUUGGGGCUUCAGAUAGAUGACAUUUUAUUCUAGUCUUGAGACAUUUUUAUUAAUAUUUUUCAUUAAUAUAUUUUUCUGAUUCUUAUUGAAUAUUUGCUCUUUUUAUUUCCAGACAAUAAAGACAGAAACACACAGGACACCAUACUGGGUGAAUUAGCAAACAAUCCAGGUUAGUAAAUCAGUAAAGACAAGUAAAAAUUACAAACAAAACAAUUUAGGAUGAAAAAGGUAAAAUAGUUUUCAUUAAACGUGUCCCCUGCUGUUGCUGUUGGUUAAGUAAAACCCAAUCUGAAAUUAUAUACGUUUUUAAAACAGAAAUAGAAAAAUCUACUCAAUACCAAAGCAAUUACAUUUAAUUGAGCAGGUAGGCUGCACAAUGUACAAGGCAUAGGUGGUAUAAUCCCCACCUAGGAUUCUUUUAGGGAGUAGUCCUCUCUGGAACUGUAAAAACGGAUGCCAGGUAGAGAAUAAAAUAAAAUAAAAAAAUAUUAACAAAUAAAAUAGGAAAAUGACACACUCACAAUUGAAAGUAGCCAAAAUAUAAUUUUUUUUAAUGUUUAGAGAUUCAGUAUCUCUUUUUACUAAACGUCCAUAGCAACCUCCUUAUCCAGCUCCCCUCUCCCUUGUACUGCUGCUGAUCACGGCUUCUCUAUCUGUAAUUGGUUAUGAAAGGAUCAAGGGUGAGCGGAACCAGAACAGAACCCGAGGUACAGUAUUAUCCACUUUCGGCCCAUACCACCUAUUCUGACAAUUACCAAUUCAAGUACAUGCGUUUGUGCAAAUCAUAUUUCCAGGUGACUUUCUUGUGAUGUGAACGGAUGUGGCUGACAUCCACUGAAACAUAGAGAUAUGGAUUUUAAUGACUUCUUCACUGAGAGCAUUUCAGUCUGAUCUUCAUUAAACUUGCUAUUACAGCACAAACUGUAUCCUGAUGGAUUCAAAUAUAACUGGGUUUCUGUUUGAUGCAUAGAAAUAUCUAUGUUGGUUUACAAAAAAGAUAAUAAAUACAUAAGCAAAAUAAGUUCUCUUAACACCCAGCUCUUCUGAAACAAUCUGCCAAAAAUUUGUAAAUUUCCUAAUUUAUACUCCGAAAAUUAGUUUAACCUCCUAAAUUUUGAGUAAGAUUCUAAAUUUUGAAAGAUUGGUAAUUGUUUUCUGUGGCAAAAGUUGUAAUUGUAUUAAAUUAAAAACAUUAAAAAAAUCUGCAAAAAUUCACAGCAGAUUAAAUUGAUAUUUAUUAAUAUAUCAAUGUAACUCUAUUGAAAUCUUUUUAUCUUGCUUGGAAGGAUAGAUAUACUGAGAUUUAAUAAAACCAUGUGGAUAGUUACAGACUAAAUACACGUAGCCUAUAUUGUAAUUGGAAAUACAAUGAAUGGCAUAUUACGUGUUUACACCUCACUCUCCAUUGCAGACAGCAAAAUUCCGACGAUUGAGGGGGACAUUCUCAUUCAUCCCAGUGGUCGUAGUGCCAUAAACUGUGCAAGCUGUCUUUGGCCCAAAUCUGCAAAUGGGACUGUUAUAGUGCCAUAUACCCUCUCUUCCAGUUACAGUGAGUAGCUCUACUAUACCAUUCUUAGAGAGCUGGUUUAUUUAAAAAAAUGUUCCAAAAUUCUUUCUAAUUCCACCCCUAGGCACUCAGCAAGUCAGCUUGUUUAACAGUUCCAUGCAGGAGUUCUACACCUUGACUUGUAUACGAUUUGUACCACGGAAAAAAGAGAAAGAUUUUCUGAAAAUUGUGUCCACAGGAGGGUACGUUUUACAAUUGAGCUUUGCGCUAAACUUAUGUGAAUAUACGAUAAUUUUUUUUAUAUCUAAUUUUGUUGUUCUAAUGAUAUGCAGUAUUGUAUAAAACAAAACAUUUUCAAUAGGUUGAUGUCAUUUAAUGAUAUUGUAACGGAUCACCUGUACUCCAACCGAGUACCUUCCAUUGAUGGACGCUUCCUAGCUUGCGCCGAGGACCACAAGCACCGCACCGGACACCACAACCACCACAGACUCCACAAGCGCCAUAGCUUAACUGUAGUCUCGCCGUCUUCCUUCCACCCUGGAUCAGCUUCUGUCCUCCAGGACCGUGUGGAAGAGACCUCUCCUCCAGUAGAGCGUAUUAGGAACAGUUUUUAAAAGACCUAAGUGAUUAGAGCUCAAGAGAGUAUACAAAGUAUAGCAAUCUCCAGUGUGAUUAUUAUUCCCCUCCAAUCACGAGACAAGACUACAUGUUGAGGGUCAAACAGGAACAGAAUGCACUGAGGCUUUAUUGCUUCUUUUAUAAACAUUUCCCCACAAGGUUACCACCCACGUGGACCUUGUUGGGCACUGAAAACACAAACGUAACAACCAAUCAUAUACAGACACACAGUUAAACACUCCCAUUCAUUACAGUAAAUUCCUCCCCUUUGCUUAGGAGAUAAUUGGGCUAAUUACUGUAUCAGCUCAAUUACCUCCAAGUGAAAAAUACACUUUUUACACAAUUUCUAUAACGUAAAAAUUAUACAUCACAUUCACAUAAAACUUACAUUUUCUGAACCAGCAUACUUAGGGAACAAACAUAUCCAAAAAUCAUGCAAAUCCGUUUAGCUGUUCGGGAGUUAGCUGGAAGUCUCAUUUGACCGACCGCAGUAUGGCUUUCCUGCCAAAAACAGUUUCAUAAAUUUUGGCUGUGCGGUCGGUCCAUUCACUACAGUUCAAAUACCGUUCGAAUGCACGAACGGUGCCAUUCGUACAAAUCUGCAAUGUUACUGUGGCGUUCGUAUUGUCUCCAUUCAAAGUGAGAGAGUUCCAAAGAAGGUAAAACUUCAGCAGUGUUCGUGCCGUCGAGUAUCCGAUUUUAGUUCCAUGAACUCGACGGCAAAACACUGCUAACCGCGUUCGGCUAAAUUAAAAUGGCCGCCGCCACGUGUUCUUUUGUCGAAUGGUGGACACUUCGACUACUUCGGCACUUCGGCUGCAUCCAAAGUGCCACUUUGAAAGUGCAGAUCCUUUCCCACAGUAUUUAAAGGGCCAGAAACAGUCUUUUAAAUGCCAAUACGCCCACAUAGUGUUUUUAACUGGCAAUAUCUCCCAGAGGCCAUAGUCACAAGGCAAGAGGCUGGCAAGCAGGCCUCUCCAAAAACAAGUGGUGAAGGGCACUUUGUCACAGAUAUAUUAAAAACAUUAUUGGACUUGAAGAUUAAUUUCAAGCUGAACUGCAAUUAAGUCAAAGUUGGUCGGAUCGGGUGAUCAGUUGAAUUCCUCAACACCAAGCCAAAAUGUAGCUGAAUCACGGACCAUUUAAACUACACAAUGCUGAACAUGUUCAAUUCAGUGUCAAGAUUUUGAAUUCCACCUGUGGCACCAAAAAAAAAAAAGAAAAAUGAUUGAUGGGAAAAAAAGAUUGUCAAGUUUAAUGGGUUCUUUGACUGUGGUCUUCUACGGUUGGCCAACCAUCUUUUUUAACCUGAAGAACUAAACAAUUUAUGGACAAAUCCUUCGUACAGCCAGAUGAGAUGAAUAAUCAUACACAUAGAGUUUCUUGUGCUAUCUGACAAUGCAUCAGUUUAUUUUUAAAGGUUCAGUGGUUAGUAAGUUAUCUUUUAACAACUAGACUUCUGAUGUAUACCAUUUAUCUUGUUUUUGACUAUUUGUAUAAUGUUUAAUGCCUUAAUUGCCAACUCCAAAAUCAACUUUUAAUUAUCCUAUAUGUUUAUUAUUUUAUCAUUUAUAGUGCAUUCCUAUUGUUUGUUUACAACUUAAUCUUAACUCUGAUGUUAUGUGGCACUUGUAGUUUCAUGUAGUGGCAGAUGGAUUCAAGAUAAGAGGAGAAGAACAAGUUUAUCUAAGGUCAUAUAAGGGAAUGUUCCUCAGCUAGAUUUGACUAAGCAUAUUUAAUAUUUUAACUUGAAAACAUAUCAUUAUAUGCUUACAUUCUUGAAGUGGCACAAUUUUAAAUUUGGUUUCCUAGAAUGCAAAAUGGCUGUAUCAGAUUUAAAUUGUCUAACAUUUAAUUAACGGUAAUUAAAUGUUGACUUUAUUCAAAGAUCAAGUGAAAAAUGAGCAAAAAAAGGAAAAAAUAAGGAGCAAACAAAAUGUAUUUUUAUACUUUAUAUAUUUAAUAAAUAUAUAAUAUUUUACUACUUCUUUUUUCCCUCUAUUGGCUACCUUUUUUUUCACUUGACAUGUAAACAAAGGCCAGUAAAAUGCCAUAUGUACUGCAAAAUAUAAACAUAGUAUUAUAUUAUAAUAUUCUAUUCUGUAUUUAUUUUGAAGCCCACUAAUUGGCCCUUCUUCAUGCUAUUUUUUUCUUUUUUUUUUUUAAAUUCAAUUUCUGUCCAAAUGAAAUUCGGGCAAAAUUUGGGUGUUCUGAAUAAUGUUCUGUUUCUGAAAUAAAUGGUUCAGCCAAGACAAAUGUUCUUGUUGUAAACAAGUCAGCAUCGCAGACCAUUGUGAUGGUUUGUGUGAAAGAAUGCCCCAUCACUUGGUUCGGUAAUACUAGUUUUUUCCCUGUUCGUUUACUCACCUAGUUUGGUUCCCAAAUGAGGACCACCCCAGUAUCUCAUUAGAACAUGGAAUACCAAUUAUCCAGUGCGAAAUCACAACGUAAUCUAUCAAUAAAAUGAUCCCCUGCGUGGCCGCCAUUUCAUGCAAUGGAACGCACGUGGUCAACAGAAUGGAUGGCAGCCAUUUUGUCUCCUGAACGCAGGCAGCAAUACCUGGUCGUCGAGUGCCUGGAACUUAUUUCGGUUAGGCACUCCCGCGAACACUGGUGAAGAUGGAACUGCUGCCCAUUCAAGUUCCGGACCACGUAUACCAAUGGCGUUCAGGAGAUAUGAAUUACCUACUGGGGAGAGAAUUAAACACUUGAAAGCAUUCAGAUAUUUUGUGUGGUUUUCAUAUAGAAAUCCUUGAACUGAGACCGGCCAUUGCCACGAUUUCUGUAGAACUAUUUUGGGCUUCUACCUCGUGGCCGGCCAGUCACAAUUUUACCUUGAUGGCAAUUCCAAACCACCAAACCGAUAUACCGUAUAUACUCGUGUAUAAGUCGAUCUCAUGUAUAAGUCGAGUGCAGUUUGGUGACCAACAAUUGUGAAAUAUGCUGUGCCUCGUGGAUAAGUCGAGGGUAAAACUUGGGGCUAUGAAAUUCUGUGAUUUUUAUAAUUAUAUACACACACACUCAUACAAACAAACACUCUGCAUUAUAUAUACACACACUCAUACAAACAAUCUGCAUUAUAUACACACACACACUCAUACAAACACACACCCUGCAUUAUAUACACACACUCUGUGUAUAUAAUGCAGAGUGUGUAUAUAAUGCAGAGUGUGUGUUUGUGUAGUGUGUGUGAACUAUGUGGGGGGAGGGCAUUUUUAUUAUUUUAAUUUUUUUUAAUUUUAAUAUUAUUAUUUUUUUAUUAUUUAAAAAAAAAAAUUGUCCCCCCUCCCUGAUUGUUAACUGGUGGUCCAGUGGCAUGGGCUGUGAAGUGGGGGGGGCCGGCAGGAAGCAUUUACUUACCUUUCCUGCAGCUCCUGUCAGCUCCCUUCUCCUCCGUUCCGGUCAGCUCCACUGUAAGUCUCGCGGUCUGUUGCCGCGCGGAUCGUUGCCAUGGCUCUGGCGGCUGCGGCUCUCUGAGUUGCCAUAAUACAGACAGUGACUCGAGUAUAUGUCGAGUGGGGGUUUUUAAGCUCAAAAAAUGUGCUGAAAAACUAGACUUAUACUCGAGUAUAUACUGUAAGUGCUUUUUGGAUAUGUUAGGCACUCAGAUCAGGGCUAUCUGGGAAUGUGACUCUCGAGGGGUUUCCAUGUAUUUUGGGGGUACUUUUGGGGUGUGGUAACCAUCCCUUGCCAGCUUAAUACCAAUUUGUCCUCUUAUACGGACUCCUUUCUCUUUGUAGAACAAGUGGUAUAUUCGCUAAACAGUAAUUUGUGGUGAGUUACCUUGCAUCUUGCAAGAUAAUAUAAUAUAUCACAGUUGUUAUGAAUCUAAAACACAAAUUUGUAUAACUUUGUAACUAGGAUUUUUUUUGCCAAUUUAUUUUGUCCUUUCUCCAUAACUCAAUAUUUAGUGAAUAUACCCAAAUGUACAGAAAAAACUACGAGGUUUAACAUUUCAUGUUCCCAAAGCAUUCUGAACCAGGAGUCUUCAUGCAUACUUUGAUUUACAAUAUUGCUUAUUUAAAGAAAUGAUCAGCUUAUUUUGACUAUUUAUUCUAUAUCUUCUCAGUUGCUCAUCAUUCAUUGGAAAAGUAGGAGGUGGCCAGGUGGUGAACCUCGCUGCCGGUAGUUGUAUGUCCAAAGGAACCAUCCAGCACGAACUUGAACAUAAUCUGGGCUUUUUCCAUGAGCACUCUAGGAGUGACCGCGAUGACUAUAUUACUAUAAUGACCGAGUAUAUCUCACCAGGUAUCCAUCAGUUUGUUUUUCUGUCUGUACCUCUGUCUAUUUAUCCUUGUUGUUUCUCUAUCUAUCUAUCUAUCUAUCUGCCUAUUUAUUAUAAUUAAUAUUUUACUCUUACAGGUGACAGGGGUAACUUUAAUAAAUUUCAGACUAAUAACCUGGGUCUGGAAUAUGACUAUGGUUCGGUGAUGCAUUAUCCCCGGUAAGUAUCUUUGUGGUACUUGUUUACAUGUUAGUAAAUAUAGAAAUUGUGCCUUCUGUCAUGCCCCAUGUCAUAUUCUCUGCAUAAUUAUGAUUGGCUGAAGUUAGUGACUUCACAUGUCCAUUAUUAAAUGUCUCCUUCUUGUGUCUCAGAUACGCAUUCUGCAACACAUCAGGACAAGAUACCAUUGUACCAAAACCUAACCCUUCAGUACCAAUUGGACAGAGAGAUGGAGUGAGUCCUCUGGAUGUGUCUAAAAUUAACAGACUCUAUAAAUGUGGUGAGUUAUUAAUGCUCAGUUUUCCCCAUCUUAAAACGCCUAACACUACAAGCUCCAUAAACACUAGAGACAAAUGUAGUGCCCUCGUGUUUCCCUACAGUCAAAAGUCAAGCCAUUUUGACAACUUACCUGGUUCCUGCGGUCCCAGCUUCUGGUCUACUCACUUAGGGGAAUUGUAUUAACUCAACAAAGUUAAGUGGGGUUAUACAGGACUGUGUAGAGUGUUCUGAAGUUGACCAAGAAUAUGACAGAAUGGUGAGAGGAAAUAAGAACAAUGAAUAAGUAAGCUCUAAAACUGGAAAGACAGGAUUCACCCAAUCCUAUAAAUAUUACAGGAACUGUGCUCAUGAGGGCUCAGUCCACUUUCCCAGUAAAUGACAAUAUCCCUGCAUGUUCUGAAGGAGAACGUUGGAUGCAAGGACUGGAGCCACAGGUGCCAGGCAGGACUCAUGUAUGUUGUCAAACCAUACUAAACCUUCUUGACUACAGGGCACUCCAUAAUCACUACAACCACUAAUGUUGUAGGUAUGGUCUAGGGUCUACUCUCUGCCGACCAGGUGGAAAAAGUGGUAAGUGCCCAUUAGAGAGCCCAUACUUUGCUUUAAUGGAGUCCUUAGAACUGUGCAUUUUUCUUUAUAUUCUAUUAUUUGUUAUAAAGGAAGAUGAUUGUCUCUCUCAGUGUGAGCGAGCCAAUAGUCUCUGUUAAUGCAGUAGAAUAAAUAAGUUAUGUCUGUUACUUUCCCAGCAUUGGCAAAGACAAUAGUUAUGUUAGGAGAAUAACUAUGCUGAUUCAACUUCUCUCAGAAGCCAGCCAGUAAACUGUAAUAGGAAAUAUCAUGGAUCUUUUACCUGAUUUCAAAGCAUAAGUAAUUAGACAUGUGCAAUUUGUUUCGGUCUGAAUGUGAAUUCGGACAUUUUGAUGCUUCAGAAUGUCCGAAGUGCCGAAUUGCUGAAGUGCUGAACCGAACCGAAUUUCAGAAGUGCCGAAGUGCUUCGGAUUUCUGAAAAGUAGCAAAACAAGAGAGGGAGGGAAAAUUACAUGAAUGAUGACAGGGUUAGGGUUAGGGUAGGGUAAGGACUAGGGCAGAGUAUAGUGAGGGUAUGGUUAGGGGUAGGGUAGGGUUAGGGGUAGAGGUAGGUUUAGGGUAGUGUUAAGGGUAGGACUAGGGUAGGGUUAGGGUUAGAAGUAGGGUUAGGGAUAGGGUUAGGGAGCCCUACAGAUGUUCCAAAUUCUGAAGUCCCGGAUUGCCAAAGUCCCGAAUUUGGGAAGUACCUAACCGAAGUGCCAACGUUUUAUCUUACCCAAAUUUCCAAACCAAAUUUUUUUGAUCAUGCACAUCCCUAUAAGUAAUAUCAUCAGUAUUGUGGCUCUUUAAUCUCCUUAGUAAAUUGCAUCAAAUGUCAACCAUUUCUAACACUAUUUCUAUCACCAUUUCCAAUUUGUAUUCUUUGUGUUAUGUUCAGAUGUCUGUGCUACAUUGCUCAAUACUAUCAAUGGAACUUUGACUUCGGCCAAUUAUCCCUCUGCAUAUCCCCAAAAUUCCAGCUGUGUUUGGUUAAUACGAACGCGAUCUGGCAAGGUAAGUCAUACAAAAAGUACCUAUCACUAUUCUACAACAAUGGCAAUCUCUCUUCUUUUCAGCUUACAUUACAUGGCCCUUUACCUCAUGUGUAAUGAUACCACAAUUUCAAUGGUGCCAGGUCCUCAUAUCCUCUAGCUCAGUGGUCCCCAGCCCAGUCCUCAUGGACCACCAACAGUCCAGGAUUAUGUAUGUGAUGGGACACCACCACUAAGUGUCAUGCCCACUGAGUAGUCAGAGGUUUGGUUUUAUAUUUUGUUUCCCCAAUGUAUAUUGUGAUGAUUUUCCCUUGUUAAAUGUUUCCCCCUUGUAUUUUGCAAUGUACGGUGUAUUUCACUUUUUGGCCACACAGGGGCGCUCCAGUGCACGAUGCACUGUGCACUGGAUCACCCCUCUAUUCCAUUUAGAAUGUGUGGUUAAAAUGUUCACACCUCGCUAACGAGGUGUGACAACCGCAGACCGCAAGGUAACAAGCAGCGCGUGCUGCCCCUUGGUGGCCGCUGGUUUGUUUGGCGGAAUGCCACUAGGGGGCAGCAUUCGUAUACCAAACCAGCCUGCACACCCUGGCUUCGGUCCCUUGUUUGGGGACCGUCCUACCUGCUCCCAAGGAAGCUGUAAUCACUUGUCCCUUGUGGCAGCCCAAGAGAACGCUCUCUCCGGCGGAUGCCUGAGUGUGGGUAUCCACUGGAGAGACAGAUGCAUGCCAACUGGGAGUCCCCAGGGCUGUAAGUCGGUCUCACGGCUGCAGGGUUCCCACUGGCCGCAUGGAAGUCUGUGUCGACAAAUGAGAGAAGGAACGCCCAUUCAAACUGGGUUCGCGCCAUUCUUCUGGUUGGUCGGCAAGAGUAAAGCACUGAUUGGUCGUCGCAGGGAGCGGGCGACCAAUCGGAGAAGGAGCGCUGGUUCAAAUGGGGUUUUGUGCCCUUUCUUCUGAUUGGGCUGCAGACCCCUCUCCCCCCCCCCCUUUUUUUCCCUUGGCGCUGAUUGGCGCGAACUGCUUUCAUGCCUUUCAGCAGAUUGGUGCAAUCGGUUUUCGCGCCCUUUCCCCUGAUUGGAUGGCAAAACCCCACUCCUCCCCGAACACCAAUUGGUGCAGCCGAGUUUCACGCCCUCCCCUGAACGCUGAAUGGCGCGAUUUGGUUUGCGCCCUUUCAGCUGAUUGGUUGUUGUUGGUUUGGGCACGAAGUUUGAACUUGCUGGACUAAACCAAGCAACACCAUGGAACUAAUUUUGGGGAUGUACAGAGCCUUGAGCCCCAGACCUUCAACGCUGAUAUCUCUGGCUCUGUACAUCAGAUCGCCCCGCUUUUUUCAGGGAUCCCAGACAGGACCCGGGCUAUCUAGCCAUGUAAGUUCUAACCCUGUAACCCCUUCUCUUCCAGGGGUGCCGAGCCCCAAAGUGUAACCCCCCUGAAUGUAAUGUGAUUUAAAGUGUAUCCCUGUGUACUGUUUGGUAUCUCCUACGGCGGGAGAUGGAUAUCUGUAACCCAGCCGCCUCCUGCCUGGGACUAAGGGAAGUGCAUUAUGUGGAAUGCAUAAAAGAAGCAUGUAUUCAAUACAUAGUGUGAAUCAGCCUGGUGAGAAGCCAGUGCUUAAACCUCCAAACUGUGUGACAUCCUGUUAUUGGAGGAAAUGAAGAUUUAACCCCUGUCUGCUGUUCCAGCUUGCAGGGGAUGAAAAAGGAGAAAAGUCCUGGUAAGGACUAAGAGCUCCCAGGGCUGAGUGUCGUCUCUGCUUGGAAACAAGAUACUAGUCGUCCCGCUACAAUGUAUUUCCCCUUUUCAUUCAAAUUGAGAUACUGACAAAACCUGGACUGUUGGUGGUUCAUGAGGACUGGGUUGGGGACCACUGCUCUAGAUGUUCUUCACUCAUUGUAUUUGACAGAAUGUAGUUACAUGUUUUAUUUUGCAAAGAAAGGUGCAGGGAGGCAGCGCCUGUAGUGUUGUUCUCAGAUCCAAAGUAGUAGAUGAAAUAAGCAGAGAGAAUGUAAUAUAGUGUAGUAUGUUAUAAAUUCUGGUAGGAUAUGAAAGAAACAAAUUGCACUUACAAUUUUCUGGAGCUUAUGUUCAUGUAUCCACCGUCUGUGGAUAUGGUGGUGGAUCCUUGUGCUGGUUAGCAGGUGUUGUUCCCAGUGCUCCUAGAUGUUUUACCUCAGUCUGGCAGUCAAAUGUUCUCCGUGUACAGGAGAAGAAAUAAAAACAGAAUAUAGUGCUCUCUGUAUGUAUUAAACGGGAUAAAAUAAAAUAAAAUGAUAUAUACUCACAAAUAGAGAGGAAAUAAAGGUAUUGCUCAAUCCCAAUAGGCUUAGACGGUAUAAUCCCCACCAAGGAUAUCACUGCGUGAGUCCUCUGGAUAAGAACUUCAAAGAUAGGUCUGGAAAGAGGUAUAAAAUUAAGUUUAUUUUGGAGAUAAAAAUUAUAUAAAACCAAGUAUAAUAUAAAAGGAAUUAUAAAACACUAAUACGUAAAACACUAAUGCGUUUCACCCACAACAAAGUGAUAUAAAAUAAAGUAUAUAUAUUCUCUAAAAGUGAAUAAAUAUAAAAACUAUCAUGGUUAUUGACUAAAGUCUGAAUGGCCCUCUCAAUAUAUAAAACUAGUGACUGGGCCCCAUGUAGAUAUGGCAAGGGGCAACUUUUAAUAUUUAUGAGGGACGACCUACUAUACCCCCCCUAGUAUUAAUAUUAAAGGGGAAAUCCGUGUCCCCACCAAUGGGCGACAAGUGGGGGUGAGAAAUUGUCCUGUACUCCCACCUAUUUAUGAAUGUAGGCCUUAACUAAUUAAAAAAACAAGGGGGGUGAUUGUACAGGCCAUAAUUUUAGGGCCUCCACCCAUCUCCCAACUGCCAACUGGGAGUCCCCAGGGCUGUAAGUCGGUCCUCCCUUCUUUAUUAUUAAUACAAGGGCCCCCACCUGCUGAACAUGGAUAAGGCAUGGGGAACCUAUUCUUUACUUACAAUGCCCAUAGGUGGGGGCACAGGUGGGGAACAAAACCCACAUGGAAGGUAAAAUACCUAAUUUAAAGUUAUAAGGGUGUUUUACUGAACCUGAUAGGAUUAUUAUUCCGUUUUUUUAUGUUUAAUAUGGUGGCUGGUUAACAAGCACUAGCCAGCCAUCACACAUUUAACCCUCGCUCUUUUGUGCUUAGUGAAUAAUUCUAUAUAUGAAGAGAAGCUGAAAUAAGAUUUUAAAAUAACAUGAAUCAUACAGUAAAAAACACUGCACAAUAAAGUCCAUUCUUUUUACAGCAUUUUAUCAUUUAAUAUUUAUUCAGGAAAUAUGUAUUACAAUUCAUUCAUUUGAAACCAUAAACCUAACCAGAGAAAAAACAAGUAGCAAGAGAGAUGAGAACGGACAACAGAUCAAUUAGCCUGCCCUUCGGUGGUUCCUCUGAUCUCAAGCUGGUUUUAGCUCAAGGUUGAAACAAUCGCCUGGGGUUACUGUAUCUCUCAUGCAGAGGGAACUUGCUGGCAUUUCGGAUCUGAAUUGCCCAGAUGGGUGGGACCAGUCUGAUAUGCUUCUACUAUUUUAUUAUUUUUUUUGUAUCAAUUAAAGUGUUUAGUACUCCUUUAUUUGGCUUUGUGGUUCCUGCCUGAUUCCACAGAGAACUAUACACAUCUCCUGUGGGGACCAAGCACAAAUAUAUACACAUCUGAUAGAUGUAUCCUGCCUUCAUAGUUUAGAGCAAACUUUUAAAUGCUCAGAAAAUUGUGAGUUUUCCCAAGUCUCACUUUUGUGAUCUAGUGUCUGAAUAUAUUACCCUAUGUUGGUUUUUUGUAUUCACAGAGCCUGGAGAUUAUCUAUACCAUGUGGGAAUUACAUCUAAAUUGCGCAAUCACCUCUUGUUUUUGUUAUGCUUCAGAUAUGUUCUCUCUGUAAUGGCACAAGUUGAGCUAAAACCAGCUUGAGAUCUGAGCAGGGACCCACCGAAGGGCAGGCAAAUUAAGCUGUUGUCCAUUCUCACCUCUAUUACUACUUGUUUUUGUUUGUUUUUUCUCUCCAUAAACCUAACCCAAAUUUUUUUUACAAGGUUAUGCUGCAGUUUAAUGCCUUUGACGUGCAGUCCUCUCCUGGCUGUGUCUCUGACUACAUUAAGAUUUACGAUGGACCCAGUAAGACGUCCCCGUUGUUGCUGGAUAGAUCAUGCGGCUCAGGAGUUGUCCCUCUACUGAUGUCUUCUGCUAGCCAGAUGCUCAUUGAGUUUGUCAGUGAUGGUUCCCUUUCAGCGACAGGAUUUAAAGCUACUUAUACCUCAGGUAGACUGGACAAUGCUACUUGUGUAGACAGGUCCUUUGCUGUACUUCUCCCAUGUCCUAGAACUUUGCUUUAUUACUGUCAUUGGCUCAGUGAACUCAGUGUGAUCAGGGACAGGCAGUAGUCAUGUUACAGGCACCCUAGGUGGAAGAGGAUCCUGUACUUGAUGUCUGUUCUUCAACCAGUGGUCGUGACACUGUCUUUGAAAUCUAGAUUUAAUGGUAAUAUAUAGAGUUUGGCAUAAACCAAAAGUCCAUUAGCAUUCAGGACACCAAAAGUCAAGUAGAUUCAAAUGUAAACAGGUGCUAGACACAGAUACAUUUUAACAAGAAAGUCCAGUGGAAGAACGCUAAGUAAGUUAUUGAGUAGGGAUUGUGCCUGGACACAGCAAACAUGAUCUGCAGAUAUUAAAGCAGAAUCUAUGAGUGUCCAGGAGAAUAAAUGGGGGUACACAGAUUGUGUAGAAUACAGAAAAGCAUGUGGGGUGCACACCUAGACAGAUUAAAAGUCUAGCAAAAUAUAAAGACAGACUGAGUGAUAGAUGACCUGUUGGUAGGAACACAGAUGACACAGUGAAAGACAAUCACCGGUGAAACACCAAGGGAUAAGAAUGAAUCAUAUUGCAAAGGGCUCACUGCUACUGAAGUAGAAUUAAACAACAACUGAAUGUAUUAGAGUCCAAUUUCUGCAAGAUAUAAUUAUCUGAUAAAAAGUAAUACAUGUCCAUAAAAGAGUGUCGCCUUUCUUACUGUUACUAAUAAUUUCCAUUGGACACACAAUAUUCCAUUAGUAUAUUCAUUAACGAUAACAUGGCUCUUUCAAUAAAACAAUUAAAUUCAAAACCAUUUAUACAGCCCUUUAGAGUGACAGUGAAUCUGUUAAGUUUUAUUGUUAAUGGUAUUCGGCGUCAGGGCCAUGUUUAAUAUUGAUUGGACCCUGGGCAAGCAUUUGCUUUGGCCCACUGUGUGCAGUAUUGGCAUUGGAAUGUUGGGAUGUAUGCAUUGCCACAUACACACAAAUGCACACUUACACAAACACUGAGAUACACAGACACACAGGUACACAUGCAGUGGUGUAUUUGAGUGCAGUUUUGUUGGAAUGUUGGGAUGUGUGCAUUGCCACAUGCAUAGAUACACUUACACACACUGACACACACACAAACACCCAUAUAUAUAUAUAUAUACAUAUAUAUAUAUAUAUACACACACACACACACACACACAGGUAUGCAGGUACACACACACACACUGAAACAAAAGUACACAUACAUUGACACAGGUAUACAUUCACACAGAUGACACAAACACAGCUAGAUGCACACAGAUACACAGCCAGAUACACACACUGACACAAACACAGCCAGGUACACACACUGAUUCACACACAGCCAGGUACACACACAGUCAGAUACACACACUGACACACACAGCCAGAUACACACAGCAAGAUACACACACUGACUCAGACACAAGAACACAUACAUAUAUCAAUAUACAUAUUUUAGCCACCCUCCUGUCUCCUUACCUUUUGGGCAGAGGCGGCUCUCUAAUUAGGCGGUUUAGGGGGCCGCCUAAGGCCUCGCGCUGGCUGGGGCCUCGUGGCCGACUAAACCACCUGUGGGCAGUCUGUGUCAGGCCCUCGGUCAGUGACCGAGGACCUGACACCAGGAGGGGGCCCGGCGGCUUGCCUGGUAUGCCGCCGGGUGCGAGGCCCCUCCUGGCUGCCCAGACAGCCACUGCAGACACCGGUCUGCAGCUACGCAGUGAGCAGAGCUGCAGACCAUGUGUCUCGCGAGAAUUGGCCAAUCAGAGCUGUGACGAGACCAAUCUCGCCACAUUGCAUUGGAGAAGCCUGGUUGCUCGCCUGCUGCCUUUGGACUAUGGCCCCCUGUUAAAAGACAUCUUUUUUACCUGCAGAAAAGCUUCAGUCGUGCUUUUCUGCCUGAGUUUCAGUAGAUUUGUUUGAAUGUGUUAUACCCCAGAUGGGAAUCCCAUGGAGCCCAUUCGUAUGAAACUGACUGUAAAGACUUUGGCUCCAUGGUGAUUAAACUGUAUUUGUGUGGUCCGAGCGCCAUUCACUUAAUAAUGUGCGCUCAGACCUGAGCUAUCUGGGGAUAUGUGAAAUGUCUGUGUUUUAUGUAUAAAUGUGACUUUAUGUAUUUUAAAGUGCUUUGUGUCUUUUUGCAACCAUGUGCUUAAUGGAGUCUUGUGUCUAUCCUGGGAGAUAAUUGAAUUACUUAUCUCCAGGAUAGAAGACUCUGAAACUGGUUUGGGCCAGAAAGCCAUGCUUCAUUUAGUCACAAAGGACUUUUUACUAACUUUUGAACCCCUUGUCUGAUUUGUGCCAUUUUUGAAUAUGUUGUUACCCUGAAUGGAUUGAUUGAGAAUAUGUAAUUUUAUGUGAAUGUGAUGUAUGGUUUUGGAGUUAUGAAAGUUGGGUAGAAAGUAUGUUUUAACUGUUUGUAUAAUUGAGUUUCCUCUCAGGAUAAGGGGAGGGAAUAUGUGGGAUGUAACUGUGAUAUGAUUGGUUGUUUUAUCCCUCCCUGUGGGUGGUCCUGUAUUUGAAACACUGUAAUAAAAACCAGGCUGGGUGUGCCAGCACCUGAGACCACUGCUUGACCCUCAACACAGAGCCUUGUCUCGUUCUUGGGGGGAUUCACUGUAUGCUGUUAGAGACUGAUUGCCAGGAGUGUAAGCUGUUCGUCUGCUUUUCCUGUUCGUCUGCUAGCAGCUAUUUGGGAGGUUCCAUUUCGGGAGUUGGAGUGCUAUUUUGUAUCCAGUUCGUGAGUUUUGGUGUUGUGCAGUAGCUGUGCCUGGAUCUCUGGAAAGGGGGCCGAUCGCCUAAACGGUUUUUACCCCUUGUGUGCAAAACGGUCCGUUACAAGAGCAUUGCCGCGGAUUACCACAGCAACGCUCUGACAUCUCGCGAGAUUACAUGGUCUGCAGCUCUGCGGAGCGGCAGACCGGAAGCAGUGGCCACCGGACCAUCAGGGAGCCCACUGGACCAUCAGGGAAGAGAAGGUAAGCUCUCUCACCCCCCCUUUUCACCCUCAGCCUCACUACCCCCUUCAGACUCACCACCCCCUUCACCCUCAGCCUCACUACCCCCCUUCACACUCAGCCUCACUACCCCCCUUCACCCUCAGCCUCACCAUCCCCCCACCCCCCUUCAGCCUCACUACCCCUUCAUCCUCUCCACCACCCCCACACGACCCUCAGCCUCCUCCCUCCUUCAGCCUCACCACCCCCCCACCACCCUCCAGCAUCACCCACUCCCUUCACCCUCAGCCUCACCACCCCCUUCACCCUCAGCCUCACCACCCCCACACCACCCCUCAGCCUCACCACCCCUUCAGCCUCACUGCCGCUUCGGCCUCACCACCCCCCACCCCUUCAUCCUCCUGCCCCCCACCCCCCUCAGCCUCACCACCCCUUCACCCCCUCAGCCUCACCACUCCCUUCACCCCUCAGCUUUCACCCCUUCACCCUCAGCCUCACCACCCCACCACCCUCAGCCUCACCACCCCUUCAGCCUCACUACCCACUUCAGCCUCCUGCCACCACCCCCUUCAUCCUCACCACCCCCACCCCCCUCAGCCUCACCACCCCUUCACCCCUCAGCCUCCACCACCCUCAGCCUCACCACCCCCCACCACCCCUCAGCCUCACCACCCCCCCUUCACCCUCAGCCUCACCACCCCCCACCACCCUCAGCAUCCUGCCCUUUCAGCCUCCACCACCCCACCCCUUCACCCUCACCCCCCUUCACCUUCAAUACCCCCUUCACCUCAGCCUCCACCACCCCUUCAUCCCUCGGCCUCACCCCCUUAGCCUCCCCACCACACUCAGCAUCACCCCACCACCAACCUCAGUAUCACCCCUCAGCAUCGCCCCCCUCAGCAUCCCAGCCCCCCUCACCAUCAACCUCGUCAUCAGCCCCCCCUCUUAAAUCACCCCCUCCUUCUCACAUCACCCCCUCCUUCUCCACAUCACCCCUCAGCUUCUCACAUCACCCCCUCCACUCAUCACCCCACCCAUCACCCCCCCCCUCGUAUCCCCCCCUCUCACAUUACCAUCACCCCCUCUCACCAUCACCUCCCUCUCCCUCUCACCAUCACCCCUCACACCAUCACCCCCUACUCACCAUCACCCGCCUCUCCCUCUCACCAUCACCCCCCUCUUCAAGCAGCUACCCCAUACACAUAGGGUCUCAGACAAAAACGCAAACAUGCUCACAGAGACAUACAUUUAUACACAAGGAUACUCUCUGUCAGACACACUCUCAGGCACAUACACAGGUAAACUGUGCAUCAAUGUGACACUUUUUUGUUAGUGGGGCCUCAUGUUUUAGUUUCGCCUAAGGCCUCAUAAAGUCUAGAGCCGCCUCUGCUUUUGGGUACAGAAGGGUGGCUUCCCUGGGGUCCAGUGGGCCAGGAUGGCCAAGACUGAUAGGAGUCGAGAAACCAGGCUGACCUCACUUCCUCCCUGCAGGCAAAUGACAGAAGUCCGGUCUGAAACAAUCUUAAUUACAUUAGGUGCCGCAACUCACCGGGUUUAGUUGCGGGCAGGGGGCCCGGAGGGGCAGCUGUUUUGGGCCACCUAGUAGUAACUGGGAUCGGGGCAGCUGCCCCGUUUGCCCUGCGUUAAAGUUGGCCCUGUAUAGUGUAAUAUUAUUAAUGAUAUUCACCUAUUGCAUCUGUCUAACUGUAGAGACAGCGAUGUGUACAAACAUUCUGAUAAAUACACAGUUGGUACUAAAAACAGAUUCUGACAGGAACAAGUCACUGAGUGUUUAACUAAUGGUUCUACUUAAACAAUCUAACUAACUUCUUCCAUUUACCCCGCAGUACAAUGUGGAGCCAUUUACUAUGCUUCAGCAGAUAACUUCACCACUCCUAACUUCCCCUACAAUUAUCCUCCAAAUAUGAACUGCAUCUGGAAAAUCAUCGCUCCGGCAGGAUACAAGGUAGAAUGCCUUCCUUUAGUGUUACUCAUUUAUAUUUAAUGAGCUAGAAUAACUCAAUGGAUUGAUUUAGACAGUCUCUUACUCUCUAAUGUGACAGAUGGAAUUCUGGAUGUGCACUGUAUGGAUUGUGGGCCUGAGACAUGAAUGUAAGACUGACCCCUAACCAUGAAUCUAGCUACGGAUGGAGGAGAUAGGUUUCUGGAUAGAUUAUCUGUAUGUCAAUGUGUAUAUGGAGUUAAUAAUAAUUUUUAUAUUUGAAUGAAAAGUAUUAUUCUUUUUAUUAAGGAAAUCUUGAGAAGAGGCAAGUGUUUAUUUUGGAAAUAUUUCAAAUACACUCAAUGUGUUGCUUUAUUUUCCAGAUUCAUAAUUUAAUGUAUUUUCUCCUACAGAUCAUAUUAACAAUAAAUGAUUUUGUCCUGGAGCCUGCAUUGGAAAAUUCCUGCAUUUACGAUAUUCUGUCCAUUUAUAAUGGGCUAGAUACCUCCACAGGACCAUCACAGAUAUUAUGUGGCAUUAUAUCUUCACGAACACUGAUUUCUGUUGGAAAUUCCAUGGCGCUACAAUUCAUUAGUGAUCAAAUUGGCCAGUAUAAAGGCUUCCAGGCUUCAUAUGUUUUUGGUGAGUAUUUUGUCCAACAACCACACCUGAAUGGAGACUUUUUAAAAGGUUUUUUUGUUUUAGUCUCUUGAACUUUUAAUUUGCUAGCAGUGAUUUUAUUUAUUUAUUUUUAAGGAAUUGAAAGAUCUGUUUCCAGCAGUUCCAUUUUACUAUUCACCCUAGAAUUCAUUAUAACAUUGAUUGCUUGGGUGUCAUAUGUAACUGAUUUCAGUAAAUGAGUUCAGAGAUAUUCUCUACACCCUGGUGCCCUGGACCUCUAGGCAGCUGGAAAUAGAGAAGUGGGAGGUGGUUAGGGAGAGAAAAAAAACACAUAACACGUGAUGAUAAUUGAGUGACAGAAUCAAUGAAUUAAUGAGUGAGGGUAUUUCUACAUGAUAGGAGAGUGAGGGAACUGAGGAAACUAUUGAAAAGGUAAAGAAAGGGAAUUCAUAAAAAUGGUAGGAGGUAUGAGAAUCAUGGAUGUGGAAGAGAGAGUUAGAGAAUCAUGGAGUCAAUAGAGAGAGUUAGCAAAUCAUGGAUGCAGUAUGGGAGAGUUGGAGAAUCAUGGAGUCAAUAGAGAGAGUUAGCAAAUCAUGGAUGUAGUAUGGGUGAGUUAGAGAAGCAUGGAGUCAGUAGAGAAAGUUAGCAAAUCAUAGAUGUAGUAUGGGUGAGUUAGAGAAGCAUGGAGUCAGUAGAGAAAGUUAGCAAAUCAUAGAUGUAGUAUGGGUGAGUUAGAGAAGCAUGGAGUCAGUAGAGAGAGUUAGCAAAUCAUGGAUGUAGGAUGGGUGAGUUAGAGAAGCAUGGAGUCAGUAGAGAGAGUUAGCAAAUCAUGGGUGAGUUAGAGAAGCAUGGAGUCAGUAGAGAGAGUUGGCAAAUCAUGGAUGUAGUAUGGGUGACUUAGAGAAGCAUGGAGUCAGUAGAGAGAGUUAGAAAAUCAUGGAUGUAGUAUGUGAGAGUUAGAGAAGCAUGGAGUCAGUAGAGAGAGUUAGCAAAUCAUGGAUGUAGUAUGGGUGACUUAGAGAAGCAUGGAGAGAGUAGAGAAGACAUAGAGAAGCAAGGAGUUUGUAAGGGAGAAAGGAAAUCAAUCAUGAAGAUGGUGGACAUUGACAGAACAAUGCACGCGCAUCAGACCUCCCCAUAGGAAAGCAUUGAAUCAAUACUUUCCUAUGGGAAAAAAUCUGACGCUGGAGGUCCUCAUGCAGAGCGUGAGGGCGUCCAGCAUCAGAUAAUGGACUGUCACGAUUCCGGAAGAACCCCCUGUGGCUGUCUGGUAGACAGUCACUGAGAGCAGACCUAGUGCUGCAAUUAAAACAUUGCAGCUGUUACGGUACCUCCAGUAAUAAAUGCACAAACCGCCGUUUAGUGAAUGCUCCCCGUUCGCAAUAAUGUGGUCUGGUAGCGUAUGCAGUAUAACCAUGCGAACCGCCAGCCAGGAAACACUCCAACCUCCCGAACGGUACCUGUACGGCUCCUUCCCUUCACGAGCUCCAAAUGCACGAAUCGCCAAUAGAAGCCGAACGGCAAUAGUUUCCAAGCGGCAAAUAAUCCCAAUAAGCAGUCUCUAGUCGCCGGUAAUAAAAUCCCCCCAAUAACGAGACCAAGCUCCACUUUGAGGGUAAAACACGAAUUCAGUUUACUGUGGGCUACCUGCCCAUAUUUAUGCAGGUCUCCCACUUGGUGGACACUCCCCUAGGGGACCAAAUGGGAGACUGGAAUAACAGAAGGACAUGGGGACAUUUCAGACAUACAUCCCCACAAUAUUCCCAGCAUGCAACACAGUUUCCUCCCCUCUGCUCGGGAGAUAAUUGAGAAGUAAUUCAAUUAUCUCCCAGAGCAGAGGCAAAUCGCCAUUUUAAAUACAAGUUACAAAACACAUUAAAAUACAUAACUUUAUAACUGUCGAACGUAUUGCAUUCGUAUAACACAUCCCCAGAUAGCCUGGAUCUGAGUGCAUAUUAUAGGCGAAUAGCGCUCAGAUCCCACACACAUAGUUCAAUCGCCAUGGAGUCAAAGUCUAUUACAGUUCUUCGGUAUGCGAUUGACUCCAUGGGAAGGCUAUCUGGGGUAAGUCCAUUCGUGCCUUUAAAUCUCUCGAACGGCCGGUAUUCGUAUACUUUUGUCGAUUGAGAAGGGGAGGUCGACGGCUUCAGCGGUGUUCGGUUGAAAAAGUGUCCAGUUUUUAGUUCCAUGGAAUAACCGUCGAACACUGCUGGGCUUUCGCAUAGUUAAAAUGGCCGCCGCCUCGUGGUCGACAUACGAACGACGACCACCCUGUAUUCGGUUUUAAUUGAGAAGUGUCUGUGGUUAACCGCAACGUUCUAAUUGGGAUCAAUAGGUUAACCAGCAGCACACUUCUCUUCUGGGUGGCCGUCCGUUCGGUAGUUCCGUUCGACAAAAAAAUACAUUCCCUUAAACAAGGCAUACGAAUGGGGAAAUUCAUACAAACGGCAAAACAGACGAACACAGCAAUUCUAGUUCAUACAGAUGGGUCUGUCACAUGGCUCCCCCCUUGUGGAACACUCCGGCGGACCCGGCUUGACCCUUUGGCAGGUCAACUUGAGGAUGACCGGACUGGGAAGGAGUAGGGACGUCUGUUUGCCGGGAUAACCCAUCCGCAUUCCCAUUCUGCUUACAGGGUGAAGUUGUAGGAAGUUGUAGGGCUGCAGUGCCAAACUCCACCUCAGCAGUCUGCCAUUGUCUCCUGAGACCCGGUUAAGCCAGACAAGGGGAUUGUGGUCCGUGAUAAGGGAAAACUCCUGCCCGUACAAAUAAGGGCUCAACUUCUUCAGUGCCCAGACCAGGGCUAAACACUCUUUCUCCACUGCCGCAUAACUCACUUCCUGGGGUAGUAACUUUCUGCUUAGGUAUGCGACAGGGUGCUCUCCUCCAUCUUCCCCGACCUGGCUCAGCACAGCCCCCAGUCCAUACAUGGAAGCAUCUGUAUGGACAAGAAAAUGUUUGUUAGGGACUGGGGCAGCCAGGACAGGGGCAUUCACGAGAGCUUGCUUCAAUGCCUGAAACACGGCUUCACAAGCUGGAGACCACAGGACCUGCUUAGGUAAAUUUUUCUUAGUCAGGUCAGUCAAGGGCUUGGCAACCGUACUGUAGUCGGGGACAAAACGUCGGUAAUACCCUGCCGUCCCCAGGAAGGCCAGCACUUGGGUCUUGGUGAUAGGUGUGGGCCAGUUAGCUACAGCUUCUACCUUGGCUGGCUCUGGUCGCUGGCUCCCACAACCUACCCUGUGACCCAAGUACUGUGGGGAUAUUUAUGGGAUAAUAAUAGUAAACAGUGAGAAUUGCCCACUAAUUCAAUUCUCAGAUCCCAAAGAUCGUUAUCGUGUUAAGUGAAAAGUAUUUCAUAUAAAUAAAAUCACAAUUUGUUAUAAAAAUAGAUUUUAUUUUUUAAUAACCAAUAAUUAACAAUAAUAUUAUGCAACAUGCAUGACAAUAAUCAAUGAGUAUCCAGUAUCAAAUGGUAUGCAAUACAAUGGAAUGGGUAUACACGUUUCAAUGGCUAAACAGCAUUUUCUGUCAAGACUUACACAAUUUAUGAGGUAUCCUUACAGACAUAGAAAGCGAAGCUUUUCACAGCGAAGGGCCAUAAAACCCUGGCUAACAGUUAGAUCAACUGAAUAACCCUUUCAAUGCUGGCUAGAUCUCCUAGGUAAUUAAAAUCUAUUCUUAUGUAAUUUUAAAUAAAAUAACAUUUAAACCAGUUCAUUAGUCAUUUCCUGGAACCAUCCAAUAAGAGAAUCUACCAGAUUUAUAUAAGCAGAAUUUAAUUUGUCUAAAAGAUAUCUUAUCUUAUUUUAGAGCAAAUCAAUACACCUGGAUAAAAACAGCGGUAUGCUAACACGUGAUAAUAUCACAUUAAUAUAUAAUUAUUCUUAAUUCCACCUGCAGAAUGGAAUGUUUCUAACUAUAUAUUCUUUAAUUAACUAAGAUUUCUUAAUAUGGAAAUCUGACCGUGAUUUAUCCAGUCAUAUAUCAUGCUAUUAGUAAAUUUUAAUUAAUUUAAUUAAUUAAAUGAAACCAGUAUAAUUACCAGUUGAGUAGAUAUUUCAUCCGAUUGGUAGUCUCGGGAACUUGUUUGGAUGUCUCUCUGCAUUGAGGUGCGUGGGUAAUAGUGAAAAGUAGUGUUGGUUAGAAAGUGUCAAAGAGUUUGUGAGUUGAGUGUUAGUCUCAGAUGUUGUCCUGGGUUUCUCUGCAUGUCCGAGUUGGAGUCCCCAAAAUUCCAAUUCCUCCCUCUCUUUUUCCUUUCCCAACCCCCUGUCUUCCCUUUGUCCUAACUUUUAAAGGGCCAGACUCUCUGUAGGUCAUUAGUUGAUAACCCAAUAGCAACACUAGAGGUGUGCUUACCUCCCAGAUCGCAAUUUAGUAUUUGUUCUAUGGAGGGCAGUCUUGUCCCACUAAACAUACCUAUCUAGGAAAGAGUUAACUUUUCUUGGUGGCUAUUUUGACGUCAUUAGUAGCCAUAACUUACGUUUUCUUUCACUUCAAAGGGUUUUCUCUUAGUUUUGUCCAGACUUAGUGUCCGCAAUUCCUGCUAUAAUUUCUGAUAUGACAGUUCGUAAACUAAGUUUCACCUCUUCCGUUCAAUGGUACCUUAUAAAAUUUAGAAAGUAAAAUUAAAUUAUUUAAUCUUCUCUGUCACAAAUGUCUGGGUUUAGAAUUGAUUAUAUUCCAUUAGCAUUUAGACAGUCUGUCCAACCCCCGUUCUCCUUAUCACUUGGUUUGUAUAUACUAUGCAUUCCUUUAACUCUGGGAAAGUGGUUAGUUUUACAGAUAGAAAUCUUGUGUCUUUUGUUAGCUUGGAAAUAACAAAAUGGAGUCUGCUCUGUUCAAAAGUGACUCAGCAUAUACACUUUUAAUUUCUAUCAUAGCACAAGAUGUCUGCCGAUAUAAAUAUCCUGACAAUACUGCACUUCUGCCAUGCCUAACUGGCACUUGUCUGGCUUCAAGGUCAGGCCAGCGGCCCGAAUCUUGUCCAGCACCACCCCCACGUGUACUAGGUGUUCUUCCCAGGACUCACUGUAGACCGCAAUGUCAUCCAGGUAUGCACAUGCAAAUUCCUGGAAGCCAUCGAGGAGCCUAUCCACCAUACGCUGGAAGGUAGCCGGAGCAUUCUUCAUCCCAAAUGGCAUGACCUUAAACUGGUACAGACCAAAUGGGGUGACGAAUGCCGACUUAGGGAUAGCAUCCUCGGCCAGGGGGAUCUGCCAAUAACCUUUGCACAGGUCAAUGGUGGUCAGAUAGCGCCCCCUGGCAAUGCGGUCUAAUAACUCGUCUACCCGGGGCAUCGGGUAGGCGUCAGUGAUGGUCCGCUCGUUGAGCCACUUGUAGUCCACACAGAACCGGGUGGUCCCAUCUUUCUUAGGCACCAGGACUACAGGCGAGGCCCAAGGGCUGUCUGAGUGCUCGAUAACCCCCAGCCUGGUCAUCUCCUGUAUCUCCUUCCGCAUUCCUUCUCGGACUGCUUCAGGGAUACGGUAUGGGGGUUGUCGUACGGGGUUCUGUCCGGGUGUCUCGACCUUGUGCACAGCAAGGGUAGUGUACCCAGGUUGUUGGGAGAACGUCGCCUGCUUCUCCCACAGAAGCUGUCUCGUCUGUACCUUCUCUGCAGGGUUCAACCGGUCCCCUAGCUGUACAAGACUAGUAAGGUCAGUCUGGGGAUCCUUCUCUAAUAAGUCAGGUAAGGGUAAAUUCUCGGGGUCAUCAGUAGCUGGGGCACAUACUGCCGCAACGUCCUCUGGUCUCUCCUGAUACUCCUUCAGCAUGUUCACAUGAAAGGAUCGCUGAAUCCUUUCAUCUGCACAGCUGGCUAUAAGAUAGGUAGUAUCACAUACCUGAGCUAACACUUUAUACGGGCCCUGCCAAGAUGCUUGCAUCUUGUUCGUCUUCACAGGCUUGAGCACCAGAACUUUCUGCCCUACCUGGAAGACCCGCUGUCGGGCACCCCGAUUACCACCUCUUCUGUCUCCCCUGGGCCACCUGGAGAUUCUCCCUUACCAUCAGGGAUAGUUUCUCCAUGCGGUCCCGGAGUUCCAGGACAUAUGGUACUAUGGGGGUCCCUUCUUGCUCUGUCUCCCCCUCCCAGUGUCCUCUAAUGAGAUCUAGGGGUCCGCGGACCCUCCUCCCAUAGAGUAACUCAAAGGAGGAGAACCCAGUAGAUUCCUGGGGCACCUCUCUGUAUGCAAAUAGCAGAUGAGGCAGGAAUCGCUCCCAGUCUCUGCAAGUGUCAGUAAAGGUCCUCAACAUCUGUUUGAGGGUACCAUUAAAUCGCUCACAGAGACCGUUAGUCUGUGGGUGAUAAGGUGAGCUAAGCAGCGGUUUAAUGCUGCACACCUUCCACAGCUGCUGGGUAAGCACAGCGGUGAACUGAGUUCCCUGAUCGGAGAGGAUCUCCUGAGGGAACCCGACCCUAGUGAAAAUUUUAACCAGGGCAUCAGCAACCAUCUCUGCCUCUAUGUUAGACAGCGCUACUGCCUCUGGAUAACGUGUGGCAUAGUCCCCCAUGGUAAGAAUAUAUUUCUUACCUGAUGGACUAGCCCUGGCCAGUGGACCCACAAUGUCAACGGCUAUGCGGGAAAAGGGUUCUCCAAUGAUAGGCAUCGACUGAAGCCUAGCCUUUGGGUGAUCCCCCCGUUUACCUAUCCAUUGACAUGUGUCACACGUGCUACAAUAAACCCGCACAUCUCGGUUAAAAUUAGGCCAGAAAAAGUUUUGGGUGAUUCUGUGAGCUGUGCGGCGGGAACCUAGAUGGCCUGCUAACAGCACAUCAUGCCCAAUCCGCAGAAUCUCCUGCCGGUAUUUUGCAGGUACCACUAGCUGUUUAUUCUGCGGAGGGGUACUCGGUUUCUGAGACGGUUUCAGGAUCCUGUACAGCCUAUCCCCCACCCACUCGUAAUGCUACCCAUCUACCCCUUCUCCCCCAGAAUCGGCACUGGCCCUGUACUUUGCUAACGUCGGGUCUUCCCUAGUUUCCUUCCCAUACAUCUCUGGGGUAUCCCAGCCUAAAGGGGCCUGGUCUAAGGUACAAGUCGGGGUAGAGAGUCUUACCUGGGUCUCAGCAGCAGGUGGGCCGGUCUCGGCGGCACGGGUCUGGGCACGGGUCGUGACAGCGUCCACUUCAGCGGGACCCAUGGGAGCGAAGGCUGAAACAAGGGGCGCCAAGUCAUUGCCAAGGAGGACAUCUGCUGGUAAGUCCUUCAUGACCCCACAUUCACAUGUCUAGCGCCCACUCCCCAAUCCAAAUGUACCCGGGCAACUGGUAGAUGAAACACGGCACCCCCGGCUACUCGCACUGUGACCGUGUCUCCGGUAUGUUGGGCUUCGGAUACCAGGUGCUUCUGAAGCAAAGUCAUGGUUGCACCGGUAUCCCGUAGACCACUGACCUCCUUCCCAUUGACCUUUACUUCAUUGCUGGUGGUGCUGUCUGUUGUCCCGGUGGGCAGCUUGAACAGGGUCUGCCUCAUGCAGGAUGCCCCAGCACUCCUCUUCCUCUACACAGUGAGCAGCGGGGAGAGCUGGUCGUGGAUUGCCCCUGGCUGGUCUCCUCCAGGACUGGUUCUGGUUGGCAUGUUCAUUGGGCACUCCGGUCGCUUGUGCCCUGGCUGUUUGCAGAGGUAGCACCUAAUGGGUUGUGAGUAAUCCCGUGAGUUAAACCAGGGUGGCUGUUGGUACUGGGCAGACGGAGGGGGUGCUGACGGCCGAUUCAUGGGAGGCUGGUAGAUGUUAGCUGCUGGUGGUGCUGCUGGUCGGUAUUCCACUCUGGCGGGAGCCUUACUGAUGGAACUGUCCAGUUUGCGGGCAUCCGUAUACUCGUCCGCCAGGCGAGCUACUUCAUGUAGAGUGGAGGGUUUACGGAUCCUUACCCACUCUCUGACCCCUGGUGGUUUAUCGAAGCAAUGCUCUAAUAGAAACAUCUGCAGCACCUCUUCUCCGGAGACAGCCUGGCACCCUGCCAUCCAGUGGGCAGCUGUGCGGUGCACUUUACAUGCCCAUUCAACGUAAGAGUCCCCAGCUGUUUUAACGGUGUCUCUGAACCUCCGGUGUAACGGCAUACCGGGAGAGUAAAGCUUCCCUGACGGCCCCAUAAUCCCCGAUCUCCUCAUCAGGAAUGGCCCGAAAAGCCUUGCUGGCCCGGCCGGAUAACUUGCCAGACAAUAUAGUGACCCAGUCUUCCUUGAGUACCUUGUGCAGGGCACAUUGCCGCUCAAAAUCAGCAAGGUACCCAUCAAUCUCUCCUUCUGUCUCACUGAAGGCUUUAAAUGCAGUAAACGGCACUUUCUUUCUUUCCCCCGGGUUUGCUGUGACUGGGGCUGCUGCAGCACCGCUUUGGCGUAGCAGGUUGGCCUCCACAGCGGCCAUGACCCGGUCGAUGAUCUCUGCAGAUGGGUUGGGACCAUAAUGUGCCAGCCUGAUUCUUACCGCCCAGUCAAAGCUUGUCUCCUCGGGGGUUCUGUCAGCUGUGCUGGGUCCAUUGGUUCCCUCUGCCGCUGGUACUCCAUCCAUUUCCAGCAAUAGUGCAAUAAUGUCCCUCUUCCUGAGGUUAUUGGCUGGUCCGCCUCUUUGUUCUAAUAAAUCCUUUAGGGUAGCUCUUCUCAGGUUUUGGUAUUUUAAUUCCAUUUAAUCCUGGUUGUAGUGGUCUCUCUGGGAGCUGAGGAUCAUCCCGUCACUUGCCACCAGUUGUUACGGUACCUCCAGUAAUAAAUGCACAAACUGCCAUUUAGUGAAUGCUCCCCGUUCGCAAUAAUGUGGUCUGGUAGCGUAUGCAGUAUAACCAUGCGAACCGCCAGCCAGGAAACACUCCAACCUCCCGAACGGUACCUGUACGGCUCCUUCCCUUCACGAGCUCCAAAUGCACGAAUCGCCAAUAGCAGCCGAACGCAAUAGUUUCCAAGCGGCAAAUAAUCCCAAUAAGCAGUCUCUAGUCGCCGGUAGUAAAAUCCCCCCAAUAACGAGACCAAGCUCCGCUUUGACGGUAAAGCACGAACUCAUUUUACUGUGGGCUACCUGCCCGUAUUUAUGCAGGUCUCCCACUUGGUGGACACUCCCCUAGGGGACCAAAUGGGAGACUGGAAUAACAGAAGGACAUGGGGACAUUUCAGACAUACAUCCCCACAAUAUUCCCAGCAUGCAACACAGUUUCUUCCCCUCUGCUCGGGAGAUAAUUGAGAAGUAAUUCAAUUAUCUCCCAGAGCAGAGGCAAAUCACCAUUUUAAAUACAAGUUACAAAACACAUUAAAAUACAUAACUUUAUAACUGUCGAACGUAUUGCAUUCGUAUACCACAUCCCCAGAUAGCCUGGAUCUGAGUGCAUAUUAUAGGCGAGUAGCGCUCAGAUCCCACACACAUAGUUCAAUUGCCAUGGAGUCAAAGUCUAUUACAGUUCUUCGGUAUGCGAUUGACUCCAUGGGAAGGCUAUCUGGGGUUCAUGCCUUUAAAUCUCUCGAACGGCCGGUAUUCGUAUACUUUUGUCGAUUGAGAAGGGGAGGUCGACGGCUUCAGCGGUGUUCGGUUGAAAAAGUGUCCAUUUAUAGUUCCAUGGAAUAACCGUCUAACACUGCUGGGCUUUCGCAUAGUUAAAAUGGCCGCCGCCUCGUGGUCGACAUACGAACGACGACCACCCUGUAUUCGGUUUUAAUUGAGAAGUGUCUGUGGUUAACCGCAACGUUCUAAUUGGGAUCAAUAGGUUAACCAGCAGCACACUUCUCUUCUGGGUGGCUGUCCGUUCGGUAGUUCCGUUCGACAAAAAAAUACAUUCCCUUAAACAAGGCAUACAAAUGGAGAAAUUCAUACAAACGGCAAAACAGACGAACACAGCAAUUCUAGUUCAUAAAGAUGGGUCUGUCACAGCAGCACUAGGUGCAAAAGAGACACUGCAUUCAGACCACUUCAAUGAGCUGAAAUGGUCUGGGUGCCUACAGUACUUUUUUGAGGUUUCAUAGAAAGAAAAUAAAUUGUUAUAUAACUAUAAAAUUGGUUGAAAGCAGAAAUGUCCCCUCUUUAAAAUGUAACAUUUCUCCAUUACAGAUAUUAAGCUCUGACUGUAUCUGUCUUCAGUUAAACAGAAUGAGACACUAAGAAUAUUUCUGAGUCUGAUUGAUUUAAUGCCCAAACUUUCUCUGUGUAUCCUUGUUUCAUGUAUUUCAGUGCCGCUAUCUUAAAGGAAGCUGGGACAGAAGAAACAUUCUGAUAACAUGUGGUGUAUUUGUUUCUUGAUUUAAGGAGAUAUCGAACUUCUGGGGUAAAGAAGGAAUAUUUUCCUAGUUUGUUGUGAAAUUGGAUGUGCUUCAAACUGGGGUUUUUGCAAACAAAUGUGAGAAAGGUUGUACUUGAUGGAUGAGUGUCUGUUUUCAGAUAUGUAACUGUGCAACUAUGUAAACUAUGUAACUAUGUAAACUAUGUAACUAUAUAAGAAUAAUAUUGUACCAGCUUGAAGAGGAACCAAACUGUCUUGAAUUCUGUUUACUGUAGUUUAAUCAAAUGAAAACGUAAUUAUGUGUUGCAUUUAAUAUGAUUUAUCAAUGUAUUGUUAAUUAUCCCAACACUAAAAUAAAAACUGUCUUUCAAACUUGAUUAUGUUUAAUUUACACAAGAAACCAUUAAAUGGGGACUGCCACAUGCCAGGAUUUUUAGCAUAUUGCAUCUUACACCUAAAUUGAUUAAAUGUGCAUUUGUUCGAAACUCCAUAGUUACAUUGAAUGUAUUUUCAUAGAUCGUAUGCACACAAUGCUAUUUCUUGGUCACGAUUUAGUAGAUAAUGCCCAUAAGCAUUAACUCAUAUACGCGCUUUAACUAUUUCAUGCUCAUGAUGUACUAACUCACACGCAUGAGCUGGGCUCCAACAUGGUAUCAGAGUCGUGUGGUUCCUAUAAUUAUGUCAUGCAUGGUCAUGUAUGGCCAUAUUUUUAGCUCUUUCCAUACAUAAUUACAAUAAUUUGAAGCUAUAUUUUGCGAUGCAGGGUCAUUUUUUAUGUGUUUUAACAAUAAGCUUAUAUUACAAGUUUAUUGAGGGGCUGAGAUAAGAAAAUAAAAAAAAAUGUGUGCUAAUUAUCAAAAAACAACAAGUUUUUGUGAUAAUUAACAAGGUACGUAUUGUGUGUUAUUCCUGGUUAUUUAUUAAUUACUCCUGAGGAAGUCAAUGAAUGUGGUGAUACACGUUGAGGUUGGAGUAUUGAACACUAGAGGACAUAAUAACCAACUUGGAAGUGAAGUAGCUAAAGAACUGGUGGACUGUGUGUGUUUUAUAUUACAAGAGUUUGAUUUGCACUUGAUUUUAUCAGAGCUUUUUCAUCUGUGAGUGAAGUUUUUAGCCUAUGGAAUAAAAAAAUAUCUGUUUGACCAUGUUUUUCUCUUAAUUGGGCUUAUACAUUACAAGCAGCUGUAAUAUCUUCUUGCUUAGCUCUCUCGCCAACUCUAUUAACCACCUGCCCACCCACCUACCAGCCCCAACAAGCCCAGCAGCUCGACCAGCCCCAGCAGUCACACUGGACCCCAGGAAAAAAAAUCUACUCCAAAGGUAGGGAGGCUUGCUGGACUUAAAUUAAAAGAAAUAUAAUAAUUUGUGAAUGUAUGGGAAGAUGUGUGUGAGUGUGUCAGUCUCAGUGUGUAUCUGUUACUGAAUGUGUACCUGUCAGUGUGUGUGUCUGUCAGUAAGUGUGAGUGUGUGUCUGUCAGUGAUUUUGUGUCUGUCACUGAGUGUUGGUGUGUAUUUGUCAGUGAAUGAGUGUGUAUGUGUGUCUGUGAGUGUGUGUCUGUCAGUGGAUGUGUGUGUGUGUCUGUCUGUCAGUGAGUGUGUCUGUCAAUGUGUAAAAUCAGUGAUGAUGUGUGUGUCCUUGAGUGUGUGUCAGUGUGUCUCUGUCAAUGAGUGUAAGUCAGUGUAUUUGUAUCUGGAAGUGUGUGCCAGUCAGUGAGUGUGUGUGUCAAUGUAUAUCUGUCAGUGAAAGUGUGUGUUUGUUAAACAGUGUGUGUGCCAAAUAUGACUGAUUAUCUGUUACUGAGUGUAUGUUAGUGUAUGUCUCAGUGAGGGUGUUUCUGCCAUUUAAAGUGAGUGUUGGUCUUAAACAGUGAGGGAUGUAGGCAAAUUUAGAUUAGGGGAGUGUCUGACCUUAGUCAUGCCUAGCUUAGCACAAAACCAAAAUAUUCCACUGGUUACAAGAUAGAUGUUUCUCUGGGUCUUCCUAUCCUAUAAUUUCCAUACUUACAUCUCACAAGUGUAUUUUGAUUUUGGUGUUGGACAUAGGAGAGAAGUAUAUUUUAGGGAGUGCAGCAAAUACAAUAAUUGAGAAAAGUGGAUGAAAAUACUUUUCUUCAGUUUCCACUUUAUUAUUAUUACUGAUUAUUCAGUCUGAAUGUCUUUGGUCCACAUUAACAAAAUACUCCAGUACCAUGUAAUGGGGUUCUAACUGCAGAAUCUGGAUAAUGACUGAAUGAUCAAUGAGUUAAAAAUGUCUCAAUUUUGUCAAUCAGCAUCUGAACAUACAUCAAUAACCACCAGAAUUCAGCCUCUUCGUAUUCUGCCAGACAACUGAAAUAUGGACCCAGAUACUGAAAAAUCUAGAUUAUUUGCUGACAAUCCUAACAGCCAGCAGACAUUAAGUUAAAAAAUCAUUAGCAGUUAGGGGGACGUGGCCUGGAUGUCGACCUUCAUGGCUGCUUGAUUUUAGUGCUCCCUCCGACCCGCACUCAAUAUAGCACUUAUCUUAAGCAUCAAGACCCGAUAUCAAAUUUGUACCACCCCCUAUGUCAGCCACAGGCUUGGGAGCAAAGCAGCCAUUCAAAAUAAAGGUGACAGGAGCGGUUCCAGCACCUCUGUGAUGGAUCUCUUUACAGUCUCCCGCGCGGUUUCGGACUCACAACAUGGCAAUCGUGCCAGUCCGCAUGGCUCCCAACCCCGGCAUCCACAAGGUAAUGCGAGGCACCCGCUGUUCACUCAGACAAACUGUUGAAGGUAAGGAGCUAUCACCUGUUCCUCUAAGGAAGUCAGGGCCGAAAUCCAAGCCUUAGGGGCCCACACCUUAGACCUCGAGCAACUGGUAGAGAUGCCAGCAAAGGCCCCAAACUCCCUAGUUACCCACUCUGAAACACUGACAUAACAAAUAAAUAACCUGGAGAUGCAGAUGGAAGACCUCCCCAACAUAUCAAGGCAAAAUAACCUGCGUGGCCUCCCUGAAAUGCCUAACGAUGGCCCACUUGCAGAGAAAAUGGAGGAUUACUUCAAACACCUAAUCAACGAUCCCCGAAGAGAAGUGGGUGAUCGACCAGGCCCACAGAGCACUACAAGCCAGAAGAGUGGAGGGAGCGGUACCUCAUGACAUCAUCAUCCGCUUCUCACACUACUCCACCAAGGAAGCCAUAGUACGCUACAGCUGGGACAAUACCUUGCAAUAUGACUAUGACGCAACGAAGGAAGGAGUGGAGGCCUCUGACAGAAUUACUCCAGAGACACAGGACCCGCUACACCUGGGCACACCUGGGACACUCCUUCAAUAUUGUCACCUUCCAAAAUGGAUGAACGCUCACUAUACUACUGGAACAAUUUCUACGGCAUUCCUCCAGAGUCUUAACAUCGACCCACCACCGGACUUCCACAUGCCCUGCAACCACUGAUCCGCUACCCAGUGACUGGCAGAGGGUCUCCAGUGCAGUUACACACCUGAAGUGGUAAUGGAGAGCAAACAACUUACCUACCAUGGAGGAAGCACCCCUCUCCUUCCAACUGGGACCGUAUGCCUGAGUUAUGCUAAGUACCUAGGCAAGGGACAUAACGGGGAGGAUGGGGGUAGGGAGGGCAGGACUCAGGGGGAACCACCAUGUUACACAGGGGUGGUUCACCUGCAAUGUUACACCACAUGGGAUUGUCCCCUAUGGAGUUUGGAGGGAAGCACAGGUUACCCGGCACCCUAUAUACACCCCACUAAUAACGCGAUUAUGACGGCCACCCGAUAAUUAGUUGGGACACACAACAGCAUACUGGCAUGCCACCGAUUCACCCCUCUGCCCUAAUCAGGGAGACUCAUAAUGCAACACUCGUGCACGCCCCCACCUUGACAUGGUGCUGAAAAUAGUAUCUUUAAUGUAAAGGGGUUGAUCUCCCCCAAUUAACAGAGACUGCUCCUGCGGGACCUUAGGGCAAAAGGGGCAGACGUUGCCCUGGUACAGGAGACACACAUCCCCAGGUCGGCCAAGAUUAGGUUAACGGAUAGGCAUUAUACUGGAGUUUACGAAGCCCGGAUGCAGCACAAACGAACAGGAGUUGCCAUUCUAGUACACAAACAUUGCCCCCUCACUGUGACGGGCACUGAUGUGGAUCCGGAGGGAUGAUACGUAACCAUAUCAGGCACGUUCAUAACUCCAAAUUACAAAUUAUCAACGUCUAUGCCCCAAACAGGCCGGACCCCCGGUAUUGGGACACGCUCGCAACAUUGAUAAGCUCUGGAGGGGGAGGCAUACAGGUGGUUGGGGGAGAUUUUAAUGCAGUACUGUGUCCGUUGGUCGACAGAAGCGCGAAGCCAGGAGUCAUAAGGUCCCACAUUAGAUAGUAGGGAUAGGCAUAAGGCUAUCCUAACUAUAAGAUAAGACCAGGGACUAAUGAAACUAUUUAGAAAAUUGGGCAGACUAGAUGCGCCAAAUGAUUCUUAUCUGCCAUCACAUUGUUAUGGGCAAAUGCAAAUAUUACAAGUUUUAGAAUGAAAUGUAUUUCUUAAACUGUGUACUUUGUCUUUAAGAGAUAUUGCAAAUUGACAAGGUGUUAGAAAUGGAACUCUGGCGGAACCAACCUCGCCACUAUGCACUGGAGAAGCCUGGUUGCCAGCCUCCUGCCAUGUGACUAUGGCCCCUGGGAUGUAUUGCCCUUUAAAGACAUGAUUUGGGCAUAAUGGAUUUGUGUUGUGCUGCUGGCCCUUUUAAGAACCAUCUGGGGACAUACUGUGGAGUUACUGGGUGGCCACCAUUUCCUGUAUCAGAAGCACAUGGUGAGAACAAUGGAUGGCGGCCAUUUUAACUCCCAGACACUGUUUGGACUUUUCAACACGGUGCCAUCUCGCCAGUAUUUGUUGCACAGAGACAUCGUGCGGUGGUUUUGGACUAUACAGCAGGGGACACAUUAUACAGUGAUUGUUUUUUAUUUAGCCUGUAUAUGUUCUGCAGAAUCUGCAUUAAACUGUAUUUUCCAAAGUACUGAACGGAUCUGGGUGAAUUUUGGAUAUGUGGUUCACCCAGAUCCCCCAGUUCCAAGGAUAUACUUUUUAUGGGGUUAUUGCAUGUUUUGGGGUCCCUGUGAUGUGUUUUAUUAAACUGUAUUUCUCUGGCUGUGAUAAUUAGAUUACCCAUUGUGUUCAGUAAUCAUAUCACAGCCAGAGGGGAGGAUUUUGUGUGGGAGUGUCUGGGUGUAUUGUAUGGAUUGAUUGGCUGUUUUGUAACGCCCUGUGGGCAGGGACGUAUUAGCCGCGAGGCAAACAAGGCAUUUGCCUUGGGCGGCAUUUUUCAGGGGGCGGCAAAAAACGCCGCCCCCCAAAUGCCCAGGGCAGAUGCCUUGUUAGCCUUGCGGCUAACUGACAUCCCGGGCGGCCGGCGAGGGAGCACUUCCCAUGAGCUGACUGCUCAGCUCCCUCGCGCACCGCAAAGUGAGGCUGGGAGCCGGAAGAUGACGUCAUCUUCCGGUUCCCAGCCUCACUCUGCAGCCGACGCGCGAGGGAGCUGAGCAGUCAGCUCAUGGGAAGUGCUCCCUCGCCGGCCGCCCGCCUGCCAGCGCCGCCCGCCCUGCAGCCACUGGACCACCAGGGAGAGAGACCCCCCCCCCCAGCACUCCCAAAGGUAAGGAGGUUGGGGGGGGAUUUAAAUUAAAAAAAAUGUUAAUGUGUGUGUGUGUUUGUGUCUGACUGUGUGUGUUUGUGAGUGUGUGUGUGUGUGUGUGUUUGUGUCUGUGUUUGUGUCUGUGUAUGUGUCUGACUGUGUGUGUGUGUGUUUGUGUCUGACUGUGUUUGUGUCUGUGUAUGUGUCUGACUGUGUGUGUGUGUGUGUGUUUGUGUCUGACUGUGUGUGUGUAUGUGACUGUGUGUGUCUGACUGUGUGUGUGUGUGUGUUUGUGUCUGACUGUGUGUGUGUAUGUGACUGUGUGUGUCUGUGUGUGUUUGUGUGUGUGUUUGUGUCUGACUGUGUGUGUCUGACUGUGUGUGUGUGUUUGUGUCCGACUGUGUCUGUGUCUGACUGUGUGUGUGUGUGUUUGUGUAUGUGUCUGACUGUGUGUGUGUGUAUUUAGAAGGUGGGGCUGGGGAAAGGCUGGGUGGGGUGGCGCUGGGGAGGGGCGCCUGAGUUUUGUCCUGCCUAGGGCAGCACAAAACCAGGAUACACCACUGCCUGUGGGCUGUACUAUGUUUGUGGAUUGGGAAUAAAAGAGACUGUAUGUGACAGUACAGGGAGUUCCUGUUUUAACCCUCAAAGUGAAGUGUCGUCUCAUUAUUGGGGAAGGAUUUAUUGUAUGCUGUUCCAGUUUGACUGCUAGGAGAGUAAACCUAUUCGUAUGGUUCCUAUUCAACUGUCUACAGCAUUCUUAUGCUUGAGAGAAGGUAUACGCUUCUCUGGUUCGGUGAUUGUGGUGUCUGCUGCAGUGCUUGGAGUCCUCAGGAAGCGCUAGGAGCAUCUUUCAACGGAGGUACCCAGUCGGGUGCCAGGUGAUCCGUUACAGGAACAUAUUGUUUUUCAUAGAUGUUUCUUUAAGCAAUAACCUCAGUGCAUAAUAUGUUUGCGCCAUUUUGUCCCAGACGAAUUACAAUAACAAUAAUGCAUAAACAAGCUUCAAGGCUAUACUUUCUUUCAGUACACAAUAUACUGUUGUAAGCCCAAGUUAAUGGAACUUCCCCAAAUCCAGGAAUCUCCCAUCUCUGCACUUACGACUUAGUAUAAACAACAGUUAAUGCUUCCAAGACAAUCCUUAUUUUAUAUUGUAUUCCCAAUUAUUUUUAUAUGUUAAAUAGAGGAUAACUUACUAACUAUAUAAAAUUAUGGCUAAGAUAUCUGUAUAGUUAGCCCUACUAAGUUCUAUGCUUUAAGACAUUAUAGUGGUAAAUAAGGGAACUACCUGCGGUUACAAUAUUCUAUGUUUCUAUGUUUCUAGAGAGGUGCAGGACAAACAUUUUCACACGUUCCUAGCCAAUACACGCCUCCUAGAUGGGUGGUGCAUCCAGCAUCCAGACACUCGUGAUUUCACAUUUUACUCUGCGCCACACUGCACAUAUUGCAGAAUUGAUAAUAUUCUCCUAAAUGGGUCGGGGAUGGCCAAACUCGCUAAAUCAGACAUACACAACUUAACAUGGUCAGACCAUGCAGACAUCAAGGUUACCUUAGACAAACUUAAGUAUUCCUCGAAUUGGACAUGGAAACUAAAUACUAGCCUGUUACAAUACAACGACAUCCGCCAAGCAGUUAGCGACACUAUCCUAGACUACUUAACACACAACACAUCUGCGGAAGUCAACCCGGUGGCAGUGUGGGCGGCACACAAAUCGGUCCUGAGGGGACACUUCAUUAAAGUAGCCACACACAAAAAAAAAAACACACAUCACAACUCAUGA